UCGCACUUUACACACACACAUUACGACUCUAACACGUUGCUCCUCGUCUCAGUCAGCUUUUCUUGCGCUGCCCUACGCGAGCCAGGCGCUUUCCGGAGUCACUGUGACCAGUGACCACCCAUGGAAGACACGGCGCAUAUGAUCAGAGGCGAAAACCCUUCACCGUCUCAUAUCCUGUGCAGAUGCCCUUCGACGCUGCUCCUUCGAAUGCUCAUCCGCCCUUUUAAAUCCCGAGCGUCAACAUGUCCCGACGAAUCUCCAUGGCACGUAACCGUACGACAAAAACGACCCCGAACGAUAAUAUGCAGAAAUACAGCCUGCAGCACGCACCAGCUCCGGACAUUGGUCUCUGAAUUUCGGGAAGGGUUCCAUUCAGCUGCUCGCCGUGCCCUAGGCCAGAGUGUUCCGACUCACCUAGAAUACGGGGCAGCAAGCAGACAGCAGUGGAGGGUGAGAUCAUGAGCUCGGCCUACAAGGAGGGUGGCCGAAUAUACAUCCAGUUCAUCAUGUUCAUGCGCGCUGGAAGUGAAUGUCAUCCCGACUCAACACCUCAGAUCGCUUGAUUGGAGCCUAUUUAGGCCUCCUCGUCUG